GUGAGAAAGAUAAGGAGCAGUGAGCAUGAGCGGCGGGACAGCGCGCACCGCCUCUGUGCACAAUCCCUUCCCCAGUGUCUGGCAGCAGCGACCGCACUCCUCUUAACCGGCCCUGCUCUGUGGAUAUAACCAAGGACUCCCUGCCUCCCCACUCCUCCAAACAAAAAUACAAAAUCCAAGGGGAAAAAAAGCAAACAAAAACAAACUUUUGCACAAUAACAAGAAAUGGGAGACAUGGGAGAUCCACCCAAAAAAAAACGCCUUAUUUCUCUGUGUGUUGGUUGUGGGAAUCAGAUUCAUGAUCAGUAUAUUCUUCGUGUUUCUCCGGAUCUGGAAUGGCAUGCCGCUUGUCUAAAAUGUGCAGAGUGUAAUCAGUAUUUGGACGAAACCUGUACCUGCUUCGUUAGGGAUGGAAAAACAUACUGCAAAAGAGACUAUAUUCGAUUGUAUGGAACUAAAUGUGCAAAGUGUAACAUAGGAUUCAGUAAGAAUGACUUUGUGAUGAGAGCACGCAGUAAGGUGUAUCACAUCGACUGCUUCCGCUGUGUGGCGUGUAGUCGCCAGCUCAUCCCCGGUGAUGAAUUCGCGUUGCGGGAAGACGGACUCUUCUGCCGGGCUGACCACGAUGUUGUAGAGCGAGCGUCGGUUGGCCCAGAUCCCCUCAGUCCCAUGCACGGCAACAGACCCUUACAGAUGGCGGCAGAGCCCAUUUCUGUCCGACAGCCAGCUUUAAGGCCACACGUUCACAAACAGCCUGAAAAGACGACACGGGUUCGGACAGUUCUAAACGAGAAACAGCUCCACACAUUACGGACUUGUUAUGCAGCCAACCCCCGACCCGAUGCGCUCAUGAAGGAGCAGCUCGUUGAAAUGACAGGCCUGAGCCCCCGUGUCAUUCGAGUCUGGUUUCAAAACAAGCGCUGUAAAGACAAAAAAAGGAGUCAGCUCAUGAAACAACUGCAACAACAACAACCCAACGACAAAACGAAUAUCCAGGGGCUGACUGGAACCCCGAUGGUAGCUGCCAGUCCGGAGAGACAUGAUAGCAGUUUGCAAGCCAAUCCAGUGGAGGUGCAGAGUUACCAGCCACCUUGGAAAGUUUUGAGUGACUUCGCUUUGCAGAGUGAUAUAGAACAGCCUGCAUUUCAGCAACUGGUGAGUGCCAGCAACAUGCAGAACACCAUCAUCACCACCACAGUACAGACUUCACCAGAACUCACUGCAAUCAGGGGACCAACUACACACCAAUCCAUAUAUAGACAACUCAUGGAUAUAAAAAUUGCAGAAUCCCUCUUUUGCCAGCCUUAGUAUUUUGAUUUUGACGACCAUCAAGAACGUAGAGAGAAACUAUUUUGUUUUCUCCCAAAGUUUCAAGUAGUUUGUAUUUAACAUUAAACACUGGAGAUGACUGUUGGUGUCUGAAACAUAAGCUCUUUUCAUUAUAUAUAAAUUGUUAAUAAAAAAGCAUUUUAAAUCGAGUGUUGCAGACUUAAAGCACUACUGAUCAUGUUAAUGAAGGGAAGUGAUCAUAGGAUUGUAGGCAGGACACAUGAACCAAGAGCUAAGCUGAUUUCAGUUUAAUAUACCAUUAAAGGCAAUGAAACAAAAUGGAUGUUGUUUCUCUGUUGUCUCGGCUUUAGGCUCAGCAGUAAUAAAAGUGGUUCCUUGAUAAUAAUAGCCCCCAUCUGCUGCUCUGGGUAUGAAAAACAAAAUUGAAAAUACCUUAUUUCACCUAACUCUCCUGUAAAGGUGAAUGUAAGGUGUCUGGCUUUAUAUGGUCUAAAUGGUAACAGAGUAAUGUCCUUGAGUAAUUGGGUGUAAUUUAAUUCUUUAGCAUAUAUAUUAGCUGUUUAUUUUUAAGUCAUUGCAAAGCCACAAUUACUAUUUAGGUAAAUCUAAAUCAUGCUUCCCUCUGGUACAUACCUUACAACAUAUUUUGGAUACUUAAGUUAUAUACUGGUAUAAAGAUGUAUGCGAACUGCAUGUAAUGUACAAAUAAAAUGUCUUAACUUUGUAAAUCUAUUUCAGUUUAACCAUCUGAAGUUAAUGCCAGCCUCUUUGUAAGGUAUCCCAAGCAAAUGGUAGACAAAAGUCUAUAUGGGAAUAGACUUUCUUUAUUGGGAAUACUUCCAUGUCAUAUACAGCAUAUUUACACAUAUUUAAUGGCAGGAAACAUCAUUCUCUUGUUUCAGAUUGCAAAGGAAGUGUGCUACUCAAGAGUUAAACAACUCUGUGAUGUCUUACAAUAAAUUACUGAAAAAUAUAAUAAUUUAUGAUGUAUGUUUGGAGAGAAACUGUACUAUUUUACACUAUUAAACUUUGUUGCACUGGGAUUUGCAACUAGAUCUGCCUGUGAAUUGCUAUGAGACGUUGAUUAUUUGCUAAGGCAUUAUUUUAAUUUUAGCGAUAUACAGCACUUUAGAUAACUUGACAGACGGCACUUUAUGGUUUUAAUGUAAUUUGUUUGUUAGUGAUAACAAUAUUAAUGCAUCCCACUGUACAGCCAUAGUUACAAAAGUCAAAAAAUACAUUUCUAAUGAAUCCAAGCA